AUGGCACCCUCUGUAUCAUCCACUGAUUUGGUCCUCAUCACAGGAGCCACUGGCCAUGUAGGCUUCAGGACCCUGGUACAUGCUCUCAGAACAGGUCUCAACGUCCGCGUCGCGGUGAGGUCACAGAGCAAGGCAAGCCAACUUCUGAGCCGACUGUGCUUGAAAAUCACCAGCAAGCAACGCCAAAGACUCAGCUUCACUGUCGUUCCCGAUAUCACCGCAGAUGGAGCUUACGAUAAUGCCAUGGAUGAUGUGACCCAUGUCAUCCACGUGGCUUCUCCUUUGGUGACUGGAUCACAACAACCUCCCAUCGACAGCAGGCUGGCUGAGGAUUUCUUCAUCGGACCAGCGGUACGAGGCACGCGGAAUUUGCUUGAGGCAUCAGAGAGCUGUGGCACCGUAAGAAGAGUUGUGAUCACCUCCUCGAUCGUGGCCCUCAUCCCGGUAGCUCAAAUGGAAGGCACCGAACCUCGACCAAAAGGCACACCGGUCAGGCCUACAGAUCGCGUCCCAUUCACAUCAGGACCUUACCACUCUGAGUUCGCAGCGUAUGCAAACUCCAAGAUAGCAGCUCUUCACGCCGCCGAGACAUGGUGCGAGACAACAAGACCCGCUUUUGAUGUCGUCCAUCUGCAUCCGUCGUUCGUCCUAGGAAGAAACGACAUGGCUGCGAACACGGCACAAUGUAUGAAGGGCACCAAUGCCAUGGUGUUGGCGAUGCUCCUAGGCAGGCGGUUCGGGCCAUUUGCCGGCGCGACGGUGCAUGUUGACGACGUGGCAAGAUGCCAUGUCACCGCUGCCAUUGACACGAUCAACGUGUCUGGAAACGAGAGCUAUAUACUUAGCCAAGAAUCGAGAUGGAAUGAUGCAAAAGACAUGGCGAUUAGGUCGUUCCCCGUCGCAGAGAAGACGAGAUUGUUGGUUAAGAGCGGCAAUGUCGAUACCACCGAGAUCGAAAUCGAUGGUAGCUUGGCUGAAGACACUUUUGGACUCCGUUUUAAGGGCUUUCAAGACCAGGUCGAGAGUCUUGUGGGGCAAUUCCUGGAUUUGAAGUCCAACAAGGGGCAAGGCGGGCCGAAACCGGUUUCGGGAAAGGGGAAGAAGAACACGACAAGUGUGGAAGUGAAAGUAUACCCAACUGAUAUGCCCAGCUUGCGGUCUACGGCUAUUUUCGUUUGA